AUUAAUCCAUUAGGGCUAGAAGUUCUGGCUUCUAUCAUCUGAACCACCACAAAGGACAGAGAGCGAGCGAGAGCGAUAUAGAGAUAUUGAAGGAGAGGAUUUGAUCUACUCAAUCACCUGCUCGAUCUGUUCUUUGAAAGAACUGAGACAUACAUGCCAACAAAUUGUGUACUGGGAUAAUGGCUAUUGAGGCUUCUACUAAACCAAACAUAGUCAGUGAUUUUGACGACGAUGACGAUGAUGGUCCAGUAGUUUUCAAAAGGAGUAACACAGCUGCUAAGCAGAACCAAGUGAAUUCUGAAGGUAAGAAACCGUCAUCAUCCACAGCCAAUGGUCAAAAUGCCAAUACUCAGAAGGGUAAGACAACGGUUCCAUUUUCCAAGGCAUCUCCUAUGAGAUCUCCCCCGCCUAGUCUAAAAGCAUCAUCUUCAUCUGCCAAGGGGUCACCAGCGAAGUCACCUGUGCUCACUUCAAAGACACCAAGUCCUUUGGAUGAUCGGUUAAAGCAAUCACCACAACCAAAUGCAUCAAGUUUGGACAAGAAGGAAGAUGGUUCAGUUAGUAAUGGCCUUGAAAAUGAUGAUGAGGAUUUUGAAGACCACAAGCCCUUGAGUGCUAGACUUAAGGGAAACAACAACAAUGCUAAUAGAGGGCCCAGUGCUCCUAAAGCUGAUACAUCACCAAUUUCUAGGAUCAAUGUUAAAAGUGCUUUUGAUGAUUCUGAUGAUGAAGCUCCAUUAUCGUCAAGGUUCCCAAAGUCCUGUGGUGGAACAUCGGGUGGAAAGCAUAGUGAUCCUGAUGAGAAGAAACCUCUGACAUCAAAACUUCAGCAGAAUGGUUCAACCACAUUGGACAAGCGGCAAAAGUCUUCCUUUGGGUCAAUUAAGAGACCCUUAGAUAAGGUGAGUUCAACAGGCACAUCAUCAGCUAAAAAGCCAAAGGUUUCCAAUACUUACACAGAAAUGAAAGUUAAACAAGUAUCGGUAAAAGCAGAACAGAAAGCAGACGAUGACGACCAUAUUCCCAUAGCCCAGAGAAUGAAGAAAUCAAUAUCAUCAGAUAUAAAAGCAAAUUCUACAAAGAUAACAAAAGUAACAAAAGUUGAUUCGUCUUCAUCAAAGAAAAUUAACAAGAAGUCCAAGAAAAUAAUAAAAAAUUCAAAAUAUUCAAAAUCAACCAAAAUGCUCCCUAGCUCUGGUGAUGGGCAGAAAAAAUGGACUACUCUUGUUCAUAAUGGUGUCAUUUUUCCACCUCCAUACACACCUCAUGGAGUUAAGAUGCUCUACAAGGGGAAGACAGUUGAUUUGACUCCUGAACAGGAAGAGGUUGCAACAAUGUAUGCGGUGAUGCUAGAAACAGAUUACAUGCAGAAACCAAAAUUCAAAGAGAACUUUUGGACUGAUUGGCGUAAAUUGCUGGGGAAAAACCAUGUAAUUCAGAACUUGACGGAUUGUGAUUUUAAGCCAAUUUAUGAUUGGCAUCAGCAGCAGAAGGAGAUAAAGAAACAGAUGAAUUCUGAAGAGAAGAAGGCUGUGAGAGAAGAGAAAAUGAAACAAGAGGAGAAGUAUAUGUGGGCUAUUGUUGAUGGUGUCAAAGAGAAGGUUGGGAAUUUCAGAGUUGAACCACCUGGGCUAUUUCGAGGCAGGGGAGAGCACCCAAAGAUGGGGAAGCUGAAAAAACGUAUCCGUCCAAGUGACAUUACCAUAAAUAUUGGGGAGGAUGCCCCGAUUCCUGAAUGUCCGAUCCCUGGUGAAAGCUGGAAGGAAGUAAAGCAUGAUAACACUGUCACAUGGUUAGCUUUCUGGAAUGAUCCAAUUAAUCCAAAGGAAUUCAAGUAUGUGUUCCUGGCAGCUAGCAGUUCCUUGAAGGGACAAAGUGACAAAGAAAAAUAUGAGAAAGCAAGAAAGCUGAAGGAUUACAUAGAGAGCAUUAGAGCAUCUUACACUAAGGAUUUUACUAGCAAAGAUGUUUCAAGGAGGCAAAUAGCAGUUGCGACCUAUCUUAUUGAUAAAUUAGCACUUAGGGCGGGUAACGAGAAGGAUGAUGAUGAAGCUGAUACUGUUGGUUGCUGUACAUUGAAAGUGGGGAAUGUAGAGUGUAUCCCUCCAAAUAAGUUAAAGUUUGACUUCCUUGGUAAAGAUUCAAUUCAAUAUGUAAACACAGUUGAAGUUGAGCUUCCUGUGUACAAGGCAAUUGGGCAGUUUCAAACUGGAAAGAAGCAAAAUGAUGAUCUGUUCGACAAGCUGGAUACAGCUAAACUGAAUGCUCAUCUGAAGGAACUCAUGCCUGGUCUGACGGCUAAAGUUUUCCGUACAUAUAAUGCCUCAAUUACAUUGGAUGAGAUGUUGAGUAAGGAAACUAAAGAAGGUGAUGUUGCAGAAAAGAUUGUUGUUUACCAGACUGCUAACAAAGAGGUUGCAAUUAUUUGUAACCAUCAGCGGUCUGUUUCGAAAUCACAUGGUGCGCAGAUGACAAGAUUGACUGAGAAAAUAGAAGAGCUCAAGGGUGUUCUGAAAGACCUGAAAAUUGAUUUGGACAGGGCUAGAAAAGGGAAGCCCCCAUUGAAGGAUUCUGAUGGAAAGCGAAAGAGGAAUCUGACCCCUGAAGCGAUAGAGAGGAAGAUAGCUCAAACCGAUGUGAAGAUUGAAAAAAUGGAACGAGAUAUGAAGACUAAAGAGGAUUUAAAAACUGUGGCUUUGGGCACAUCCAAGAUCAAUUACCUUGACCCUAGAAUCACAGUCGCAUGGUGCAAGCGACAUGAAGUUCCUAUUGAGAAGAUUUUCAACAAGUCUCUUCUAGCAAAGUUUGCUUGGGCAAUGGAUGUCGAUCCUGAGUUCAGAUUCUGAAAUUUCAGAGCGGUGCUUGCCUCUACACCCUCUCUUGACCAACCCAAAGGACCCAAAAAAGAAAAAGAAAAAAGAAAAAAGUAAAAAAGAAAAAUAGGCCAGCUCCUUACCGGCUUCUUCACUUUCUUAUUACAGUUACUCAAUUUUUUUAUCUCUGUUCAACCAGAAAAUUCAUGUUGUAUGGUCAUCUAAUCUAAUGAGUUAAAGUUCUUCCUUCAUAGAUUUUUCUUUUUAGACUAUUACUGAAAUUGUUGUUAUAAACUUUCUAACACCUGCUACUAACAGUAAAUGUCAAAAGUACAUUCUAAAGUGCUUGAAAACAAAAUCUUCUGUGUAUUCUUCAAUAUCAGAGAUUUCUGAA